UUUUUUUAAUGUUAUUCCGUGCCUUAUAGACAGUAAGCACAUUCAAUGAGUAGCCUGUGACCCGCGGACUGCCACGGCCAGACGCCGGGCUGAAGCGAGCCGGCUGAGGGAGGAAAUGCGACGACAUUCUAAGAAGAAUGUUUUUUUGGCAGUGCUGCUCAUCAUCGGAGGAUUAUAUUUCAUUAGCCAUUCGAACUUCCUUAUUGCUGGCCCAGCAAGGCCACAGGAACCAAUCCCAAAUGAGUUAAGUUGGCAAACGGAGAGGUUGGUUAGUAAGGAGUCCUGGGUGGAACGGGGGGACUACCUGCCUCUCAAUGUGUCCUAUCAGCUACUGGCUGGAGCCCCAUCUACUCAACAGAGGUUUUUAUCAGUUGGAUUAUCAUCGGUGAAGAGGAAGAAGGGCAGCUAUCUAAUCCCCACCUUGCAGUCCCUCUUCUCCCAGUCCUCUCCUGAAGAGCGCUCCUCCAUGGUGGUGGUAGUGCUGCUAGCAGAUUUCGAUGUCAGCUGGAGAGUCACUACAGUGAGGGAGAUCAAAACUGCAUUUGCCUCGGAGCUAGAACAGGGCCAGCUGGUGGUCCUCCAUGUUCCUCAGGAUGUUUACCCUCCUGUUACAGGUCUAAAGAGGAACUACAACGAUGCUCCAGAAAGGGUAACGUUCCGCUCCAAGCAGAACCUGGACUACUCCUUCCUGAUCCACUACUGUGCCAGCCUUGGUCGAUACUACCUCCAGCUGGAGGACGAUGUCUCCUCUGCAAAAAAUUUCCUUUCCACCAUCAGGAGGCGCGUUGAGGAGCAAGAGGCGAGGAAGACCACCUGGGCAAUGCUGGAGUUCUCGGCCCUCGGCUACAUCGGCAAACUCCACAAAUCGUCUCAUCUUCCUGUCCUGGCCCGCUUUCUCUUCCUCUUCUACCAGGAAAUGCCCUGUGACUGGCUGAUGACGCGCUUCCGAGAGUUGAUGACUCAGAAAGAGACAAUCAUCUUCAAACCCUCGCUGUUCCAGCACAUGGGGACUUUCUCCUCGUUCCAAGGGACAUACAACAAGCUGAAGGACAAGGACUUUGAGGAGGAUUUCUAUACCAAUCCUUUAGCUGACGUUUAUUCUGAUAUGUCGACGUACAAGAAACAAUUCCCCAAACUGGCCUGGGAACCUGGCGAGGGAUUUUUCUGGGGGCGCUCCCCGGAAAAAGGAAACCACCUGACUGUGGUGUUCACAGACCCGACAGUCGUGACGGGGAUCUAUGUAGAAACAGGGUCAGGGGGCAAAGACCUCCUAGAGUCGGCUCACGUGCAGCUAGGCCACGACGUGAUUACCACAGAGAAAGAGGAGAAGAGUUGUAAAGAGUUCCAGACAGUGGGGACGUUAGAGAAUGGGAAGUUUGAGAUGCAGGACAUGGACAAACAGUAUGGCUAUGGGUCCUCCUGUCUGAGGAUACAAGUCACAGCUGCACAGAAGGAUUGGGUGAUCAUCAAGAAAAUCAGGAUCUCAACAAAGCCCAGUACACCUCCACGCCAAGCCUAGGAGUGAAAGUGUUCUCCCGGCGGCCGAUGAAGGAUUUCUCUUUAUUUGAUCUGCAGGACGUUGUAUUUAGGCUGGACAUGUGACUUUAGUGCCUUGUUUAACAAAUUCAUAGACAACACAACAAUCCAGGUCUUAACGCCACUGUGUGAAGCUACUGUAAACGAUUAUGUCUGAUUAAGCUUCGUGAUAACUUGUUGUGUGUUCAUCUACAGGAAAGCAGCUGCAAAGGCCAGAAGUAUAAACGAUGUGUUCGCACAAAACCAUGCACAUGCCUUUUCACACACAUAUUUAUAAUGUGCACCUCCCGUGUACCAUACCACUGUGUGUACACCCUUUUUUAUAGAGCAAGCCAUGUGGGAUAUGUUGAAGUGGAAAUGAAAAAUAAUGUGAGACAUAGAAUGUAAAAAAGAUCAAGACAGACAAUUUCACAAUUGGCUUCUGUUUCUAAUUAUCGUUUUUUGCUGUACACACACACACACACAAACACACACACACACACACACACCUGUUUGUUGCAGCAACACACACUUAAUUUGUGCUACAUUUUAUUUUCCCAUUUGUUUCCCUAAAUUAGAUCAUCUAUCAUGAGACAUUCUGUAAACAGUUAUUAACAAAAUAAUUGUUAGCUAUGUAAUUGCUAUUUAUGAGCCUUCGAUGAGAAUUGAGGCAUCACUGCUGUGAACAACACUGCCGAUGCUAUAAAUAGCUGCAGCUGUGCACAACUGUUGUGCGUAAGGAUGGCUGCUCUGGCUUCAUGGGAAGGAUCUUGCAAAUGAGAUUAUAAGAUGAGAACGAGUAUUUCUUUUAUUGUUCUGGUGUCCUGGCUCGCGCUUUAGGCUUCCAGGGGCUUCAAGGGUCCGGCUUUAGAGCGCCAGACCCAGAGAAACCAUGCAAUUACUGUCAAUCUUCAGGUAACUCUUGGGUUCCUUGCAACGGGGCAUUUCAGAAGGAGCUGGGGGACCGGUCUGGAAUAUCUCAGUCAACAUUAAGCCGUGUCAUGUCCAUCAUGUGUGUUAGCCAGGGCUGCACUGUCAUUCUCACUACCUAACAAGCUGCAGAGAUUGGCGCCUUUGCUGGAGGAUUCACUUGUCCGGAUUGGUCGGGCGUUUUCAUACUGGCUCUAAUCAGUUUUCGACCUCUGACGUCUCCAGUCCAGUCCACCAAUCCCACGGCUGUGAUGUGCAUUCAUGUUGAUUUGUAAUGACAUCCAGGACUCCCAACCGGGACUGCUGUGACUUUCAUUGAACAGUUCACCACUGUGCUUCUUAGAGACGUUAAAUGGGAUGCUGUGUAUUCGAACCAUGGGUUUCCGCUUGAAAAAUUGAACUAAUUUUGGGACUGGGCAGGGAUUUGUUUAUUUUUGUGUGUUUUGCAUUUUCCUUUUCUUUGUUCUCAAAUCGACAGUCGUUGCUCCUUUAAUUAAAGGUGCACUAAGACUGAACGAUAUUGUGUUUUAGCAUCGACAUCGCGAUGUG